AAGGUCGAAAGGAGCGAUGACAGACCCAACUACUAACCAUCUGCUCUACCCAUGAGUCAUAAAUAUCAAUAAUCAAUCACUCGCAACAAGAAAAAAAAAGAUAGUAUUAAUCAAAGAUAUACACACAUUGAAUUGAUCAAUUGAAGAUCACUUUGUUGUAUCCGUUACGAAAUCUAAAGUCUUCCACCUUUUAAUCUAUCUCUUUUCCUGCUGUCGUUGUUUUCAAUAUUUUGUUCGGUUUGGUAGAUUACCAAACACCAGUCUGAGAUUUCUAUGAUUUGUUGAAUUUUCAAACAAUUUUCUUAAGCAUUUAGUGUGACAGAGUGAAAGAGUAAAACCCUUUUUUUUCUUGAUGAAAAUCAAAAUCUGAAGUUAGUAGGGAGGAGGGGUUCAUUAAAAUCUGUCAAUACUGGUAGAGAUUAGUUCAGGUUUUGGUGAAUAAGAUAACCCAUUAAAUAAAAAAACAAUCUUGGGUUGCUAAAACCUGCAGAACAGAACCAUCUAGAUAAGCAUUAUAAUGGAAAUUCGAUGGGAGUGACAGAGUUGUUUUUAGUUUCAAGAAGAACCCAGAUUAUAAAAUCUCAGUAUUUGGUUUUGUUUAAUUUGUUGAAUUCUAGUGAAAAUACUUUGAAUUUGUAAGAAGAUGGUUGGUGCUCAAGUAGCUGCAAACACCAUUACUUCAAAUGGUGGUAAUGUUCAGAUGAUGUCAAAUGGAAAUGCUACAGAGUUAAAGCUUGAUGAAUUUAGAAAGCUAGUUGGAAAAUCUGAUGGAGAUUUGUUGAAAAUUGUUGGGGUUGGUGCUGGUGCUUGGGGGAGUGUAUUUGCAGCUCUAUUACAAGAUAGCUAUGGACAUUUUAGAGAAAAAGUUCAGAUCAGAAUAUGGAGAAGAGCAGGAAGAUCUGUAGAUAAAGUUACAGCUGAACAUCUCUUUGAAGUUAUCAAUUCAAGAGAAGAUAUAUUAAGAAGGUUAAUUAGAAGAUGUGCUUAUUUAAAGUAUGUUGAAGCUAGAUUAGGUGAUAGAACUUUGUAUGCAGAUGAGAUUUUAAAAGAUGGGUUUUGUUUAAACAUGAUUGAUACACCACUUUGUCCUAUGAAAGUUGUUACAAAUUUGCAAGAAGCUGUUUGGGAUGCUGAUAUUGUUAUUAAUGGAUUACCAUCAACUGAGACAUAUCAAGUGUUUGAAGAAAUUAGUAAGUACUGGAAGGAAAGGGUUACAGAACCUAUCAUAAUCUCUCUUGCUAAGGGUAUAGAAACUGCAUUGGAGCCUGUUCCUCAUAUAGUAACUCCUACUCAGAUGAUUAUGAGUGCAACUGGGAUUGCAAAGGAAAACAUUCUUUAUCUUGGAGGACCAAACAUUGCUUCAGAAAUUUACAAUAAGGAGUAUGCUAAUGCUCGAAUAUGUGGUGCGGAGAAGUGGAGAAAACCUCUUGCAAGCUUUUUAAGGCAACCCCAUUUCACUGUGUGGGAUAACAGUGAUCUCGUUACACAUGAAGUAAUGGGUGGUUUGAAAAAUGUUUAUGCUAUUGGAGCUGGAAUGGUAGCAGCACUAACGAAUGAAAGUGCUACCAGCAAAUCAGUUUACUUUGCGCACUGUACAUCUGAAAUGAUAUUCAUAACUCAUUUUUUGGCGGAAGAACCUGAGAGGCUUGCUGGGCCUUUACUUGCUGACACUUACGUUACCUUAUUAAAAGGUCGUAAUGCUUGGUACGGACAAAUGCUUGCCAAGGGAGAAUUAAGCCUAGAUAUGGGUGAUAGCAUCAAGGGAAAGGGAAUGAUUCAGGGAGUUUCUGCUGUUGGAGCAUUUUAUGAGCUGCUUAGCCAGUCUUGUUUAAGCCUGUUGCUUCCUGUAGAUAAUAAGCCUGUAGCUCCAGUUGAGCUUUGUCCUAUCUUGAAGACACUAUACAAAAUUCUAAUUAAAAGAGAGCUUCCGUCAGAGGGAAUACUUCAAGCAUUAAGGGAUGAAACCAUGAAUGAUCCCCGGGAUCGAAUUGAAAUAGCACAAAGCCAAGCCUUCUACAGAGCUUCACUUCUUGGUAAACCCUAAGUCACUAGAUGCUCACAUCCCAUGGCCAACUAUCUUCAUUUAAGUUAUAGAUAUGUAUUGCAAAUGAAAGUGAGUCUAUACCAACCGUUUACUUUAGGGAGGAACUUUUUAUGGUUCUUGGUUAUGUAAUCGAUCAUAAAUUAUCAAUAGAAUGGUAUGCGUUGUAAGAACUUUAUUUUCAUUUGCGUCUACUAAAAUUGGAAAGUUUAUAUUAGUUCACUUCAAGGAGUAGUUUCUAGUUCUUGGUUAUGCAUCCACUCACAAGUCACAAGUUAUCAGCAGCAUGGUUUGUAAUUAUGCUUUAUAAGACCUUGUAAACUGUAUUUCAUUCAUGUCUACUAGAAUUUGAAAAUUCAUAAUCUAUUGUUUCAAUAAGC